CGGCUGCCAGCCGUACCUGCGCUCUCAGCAGCUGCUGCGGGCGGCAGCCUCUGUGCGCGGGUGCCUUCCUGCGACCGGUGUAGCCGCAGGGCUUUGAGCUCCUGCAGGUAACGAGGAGCCCAGGGCCCUAAAAAGAAAAAGAAGUCCAGUGGCAAAAAGAAAGGAAGGAAAGCUGAAAAACUGCGAUUGCAGCAAGAAGAGGAGGAAAGGAAGAUGAAAGAGGAAGAGGAAGCCCAGUUGCAAGCCCAACAAGAAGAAGCAGCAAGACUUGAAAAGCAGAGAGUUCUUCAGGAGCGCAUGGCACAGCUUGAGGCAAAAGAUCAAGAACGAAGGGAGUCUGAACUAGCAGAACUUUGUUCAUUGGAACACAAGUUUUUGUCUGCUCAGCAGUGGAAAAGAGAUUCUAGAGCACAUGCAAAGUGGGAGCAUUACCUCAGUUGUGAUGGAAGUCCUGACCCAGCUGUGCUGCAGGAAAUCAACACUUUCAUAAGCUUAUGGCGUGAAGAUCAAAAUAAGGACAUUCAGCUCGUGAUGGAGAAGGGAGAACAGGUGCUGAAUCUAAUUGAGAAGUUGCAGUUUCUUCUCUUGGACACACCACCAAGUGAGAUGACAGAAAAAGAGGCAAUCCAGUACCAAGAGUCUAUUCUAGAACUGCAGAAUCUGCUUCAUCAGAAGUACAAUGGAGCAACAGAAGAGCUGCUGAAGAAUGCUGAUAUGUACAAAGAUUCUCCAACUGGGAAUAUGCAGGCAGUCAUAAAGGAUAAAAAUGUUACUUUCUGUCUUUGGGCCAAUCUGACCAAGUCCAUGAGGAUGUUUCGUGGUGCAGAGCAUGGAUUUGAGCUGCCUGAGUCCCUGGCUGAGAGCCGUGUGGCUGUUCGGAUACUGCACACUCGCUAUGAUCAUGUAUCGCCGCUGUGGCUGCAGUGCCGCAGCCUGCUGGAGCUGCAGAGCUCAGAGAGUAAGGAGUUAACUCCGCUUGCAAACCAUAAUGUAGAAGAAUCAGAAGAGGAGGAAAGGAAAGCCAGAGAAGAGUCCAGCAUGGGUGCUGAGGAAGGAGUGCCUUCUGAAGGGAGAAAGAGCAUGCUCUCCUUCAAAGAGAUCAGCAACAGCACAGCUGAAAGAAAGGAGUCAGAGGAGGAAGCUGAAAAGAAGUUGGAAACCUUGGACAUGCCUUUAGAAGUUCAGGAUCCACUAUUGCAUGAAGAGGUGAAAGAAGGAGGAGCAUCAAGAGCUGAUCCACUAUUGCCUGAAGAGGUGAAGGAAGGAGGAGCAGUGACAGCUGAGGAGAACGUUGUUGAUUUGCAACAGUUUGUCCCACUGGGUGGUGUAUACCAUAUCGAUGCUCUGCAGCUUCCACCUCCGGUCAGACGCUUCAGGGGUUGGACUAUGGUGAAGGUUCUCGAUGGUGGGUUGGAGGCUUACCCAUAUCCCCCGGCAGAGGCCGAAGAGGCCACACACCCACCCAUACAGAUAACCCUCAGGCUUCCUGACCACGUGGUGUAUUUUGUGGAUCCUGUGGUAGCACGAUGGGAUCCUGCAGGGCAGCACUGGAGAACUGAUGGCAUCAGCAAUGUAGUCUAUGAAAGGCAGGAGAGGAGAAUCACCUUCCAGAUGGGCACCUUUUCCACAGUAACCCUUCUCCAGGAUGCUCAUCUCAACAUGCCCUAUCAGGCAUGGGAACUGAGACCUACUGGUGUGGAUGAAGCACUCCUUGUAGUUACUACAGGCUUUGCAACCAUUCACAUACAAAUUAAGGAUCAUCAGUGUAUGCUGUCCUCAGUAGCAACGCAAGAGGAGGAUUUGCUUUCCUACGUCACAGGAAAAUGGCUAAGUCCAGUUGGCCUGAGAGCAGUUCUGAAAAAAGCUGGUGUGAAUAUUUUCCCAGGAGAGUUUUCUCACAACUAUGUCUGUGUGAAGAAGAAGGUUCCCCUGGCAGAACUCGGUGCCUAUCAGCAGAUGGCACUACUUGCAUCUGCUUUUGCUUUUGCCAGGAGCAAGUGGAACCUAGAAGCAGGCCCGAAGCAAGUCGUGUUCAAGGUAAGUGAGCAUAUUAAACCAGAUUCUGCCCAAGCCUGGUCUUUGUACCUGUUCAAUGGUCGGAGAGCACAAAAGCUCAAGAUCACUGAAAGCAGUGAAGCUUUUUCAGAGGAGCUGGAAGAAGAUUCUGAAUUUCACUCCACACUCUACCACAUGCUUAAGGACUUUGCAAGCAAAGAAGCAAUUGAGCAAGUGGCAAGAGCCAGCUUCCUGUUUAUUGAUGCUGUGUAUCAGCUACUCCUUGCUACAAGAGUUUUAACAUACUCUUAAAUACUGCAUGCUUUCCCUCAGGUUUUACUAUCAAAAGCUUUCAAUAAAGUUACACUUCAAGCCUUCAA